AUGGAAUAUCUAAGUAGACAUCUCACUGAUCUGAAGAAUAAUAAGCAAUUCCACUUUCAUCCAAAGUGCAAGAAACUAGGCAUUACUAAUUUGAGUUUUGCUGAUGAUCUAUUAUUGUUUUCUAGGGGUGAUAAUCAAUCUGUGGCAAUGUUGAAGCAACGUUUUGAUCAGUUCUCCACAGCAUCUGGGCUAAAAGCUAAUCUAAACAAGAGUUCAGUUUAUUUUGGUGGAGUGUGCAAUGUAGAUCAAGAACUUAUACUUCAGCAAUUGGGUUAUGUGAAAGGUGAGCUACCAUUUAGGUACUUGGGAGUACCUCUCACUACCAAGAUGAAGGUGACACAAUGGCAGCCACUGAUUGACAAAAUAGUAGCUAGAAUAUCAUCCUGGACUGCAAGAAAGUUGUCAUACGCUGGUAGAGUUCAACUUAUUAAAUAUGUACUCUUUGGAGUACAAUCUUACUGGUCUCAAAUGUUUCUGAUACCUUCCAAGGUGAUCAAGCUCAUUGAAGCAUACUGUAGAAGCUUCAUGUGGUCAGGAACUAAUGUCAUUACCAGGCGAGCCUUGAUAUCCUGGGAGAGAUUCUGUCAACCCAAGAGUGCUAGAGGGCUAAACAUCCUGAACCUCAAAAGCUGGAACAAAGCAGCCAUUCUCAACUUACAAUGUUAG